CUGGUCUACAAAAGCCACUGGGGAUCCCAGGGAAUCCAAGCAUCACUCUCCAGGGAAUCGCAGAGAUGAAGGUUCUGGCCCUUGCCCUCUUCUGCCUCCUCCUUGCAGGGAAUGAAGCCAAAGUGUAUGGGAGAUGUGAACUGGCUGAACGUUUGAAACAGGCUGGGCUGGAUGGAUACCAUCGCGUCAGCCUGGCCAACUGGGUCUGUACUGCUUAUCAUGAAAGCAGAUUUAACACCAGAGCCGUGGGGCCACCAAACUCCGAUGGCAGUCGUGACUAUGGAAUCUUUCAGAUAAACAGCCGCUGGUGGUGCGACAAUGGACAUCGCCCAACAGCCAAUGGGUGUAGAAGCUCCUGCAAUGCGUUCUUAAAUGAUGACAUCACAAAUGAUAUUAACUGUGUCAAGAGGAUUGUCCGUGACCCUCAAGGGAUGGAUGCAUGGGUUGCUUGGAGGAAUCAUUGCAAAGGAAGAGAUCUCUCACAGUGGACAAGAGGUUGCAGACUCUGAGUUCCAUGGUCCUGAAUGAAUUCCAGCAUUUCUCUUGAGAUCCCCUUUGAUGAAACGUCUACCUACUGCCAUAUAAU